UCUGUCAUUCUGUCAAAUCUCAAAUAAAUAAAUUAUUUCUAACAAGUUAGGUAUUUGGUUUUGUCUUCAUGUUAAAAGAGCAAGUAGAAAUUUAAUUUUACCGAAAUGUCAAUAAAUUUGCCGCCAGAUCUGUUUCUAUUAGAAUCUCAAGUUGCCGGACAUACAAUCGAGAGUAUUUCACAAAAAUAUGGCAUGCUUCGAGACAAAUUGGGUACAUUCGUUUUUAAACCCCUUUCAAAGCCUUUAUAUGCCGAGCGGGAAAUAACAUUUUAUAAACAAUUAAAAGAAGCACAAAUUCAUUCCAAAACACAGCGGUUUUUUCCUCAAUAUGAAGGUCAUCUUGAAAUGCUCGUCGAUGGGAAAAAGCAAUUGUUUAUAAAAUUGGAAAAUUUAACACACGCGAUGGAGAAGCCUUGUGUAAUGGAUAUUAAAGUUGGGCGAAGAACCUGGGAUCCAUUAGCAACUGAAAAUAAAAUAAUGAUGGAAGAGCAAAAAUAUCAAGCUUGUAAAAGUACCAUCGGACUAUGCAUUCCGGGAUUUCAAAUUUACGAUUCUAAUAGCGAGUGUUUGAAAUACGGAAAGGACUUUGGAAAAAACUUGAACGAAAAGUCAUUUUUCGAUACAUUAAAGAUGUUCCUAUCUGUUCAAAAUGAGUUCUAUAAGCCUUUGAUAAAAACGAUUCUAAAUCAACUAUAUGGUCUUCAAAAAUGGUUUGAUACUCAAACUGCUCUUAACUUUUUUUCUAGUUCGAUUUUAAUUGCUUAUGAUUAUGAAGCCAUUACAACAAAACUGAAACAUAAAGAUCAAGAUGAUUUCGUUUCUUGCACUAGCAAAUGGAACAAUAAAAAAACGGAAAAAAUAUAUGAAGACAUCAUUCCAUGGGUAAAAGUCAAAAUCAUAGAUUUUGCACACGUUUUUGAUUCGGAAAAUAAUACUUGCGACGAAAACUACCUGUUCGGCCUGCAGAACCUUAUUUACAUGUUACAAGAAAUACUUGUCAAUAAUUGGUAGAUUUGUAUAUGCAAAAAAUUGAGCAGUUUCUUUGUACGGCGUUAAAAAUAAGUUUAAAAAAUGAUUUGAAUACGCGCAAACUAGAUAUUUGGUUUAAGCUUUCAAAUGUGGUUCAAAUUCCUUUAAAACGAUUGUAUUGAGCUCAAUAUUUAAUAAUUAUUCUUACAAGAAAAAUAAGCAAGACAAAUAUAAACAUAAUAAUGUACAUUAAUUUUAUAUAUUUUGUUUACAACUUUUUUAAAUCCCACAAAAAUAUUGAAUAUUACCAUAAUUUUGGUUAAUCCUUUUUUCAUUAAAGAAUAAAAGAAAGUUAUUAUUUGUUUCUUUUUAUUAUAUCGUUACAAGAAUUUUUGAGUAGAAAAUUAUCUAAAACCAUGACACUUACAAUUUUUGAAUGACUAGAAUGACGAGACGGAAAAUAAACCAUCCACAUAAACAUUAAAUUAAAACCAACGCCUUUAUGAUUGAAAUAAUUUACAGUUGUGUUCAUAAAAAUAGCAGUGCUGGACACUUUUUAUUAGGUUGUCAAUUACUUACAUAACGGAAAUUCUUAGAAAAAAAUUACCCUGUUACUUGCAUCUAACUGUCUUUCGUUUUCAUAUUAGAGACUUUUAGCUUGAAGUUAUACCCUACUUUUCCCGGUGAACACCCAUCAUUUCAAACUCUCUGGUUAUAAAGUGUUCAUAAAA